GUGAAUGUUGCGAGUCUCCCUGGUGUUCUCACGUAUAUGCGAGCCAAUUUUCCCCGCUACUUCUUGGCGUCAAAACGUUCCGGGGCUUGGAGUUGCCGCCGCGCGCCAUUGCCGAUUCUCCCUUCUCAUUGCGCUUUCUCAACUCCUUCCUGGCGCUUUGCGGCAGAGGCCAAAGAACUCGAUCCAGCCUUCCAGCAAGAUUUCUCCGGCCCGUCGGGUCCUUAUUAACUGUAGGUUGACAGCUUAGGUGAUCCAUAUAUUUCUCUUUGAGGAGCCAAAAAACAGGCAGCUCAUGACUUCUGAUCAGGACACUAAAGUUGUGGCUGAAUGGCAGGUACAGCAAGUACAAGAAGUUAAGGACAAUUCUCAUCUGGAUCCAGCCAAGGUUUCUGAAUUAAAUCCUAAUGCAAAAGUGUGGGGGAAUCACAUGAUACACGUGGAAGCAACUGGUACUGAAGGUGGUAUGAGCAAAACCUGGGAAGAAAUAACAGAUCAUCCACCAGAUUCCUGUAAAAAAGGAAAUAAAGAAGACCUUCGGCCAGAAGGUCAAGAAGAUUUAGGAGAAGUGCUUAAAAAAACACUGGAGUUCUGCUUAUCAAGAGAGAAUCUUGCCAGUGACAUGUACCUUAUAUCUCAGAUGGACAGUGAUCAGUAUGUGCCAAUAAUGACAAUAGCUAAUCUUGAUCACGUCAGGAAGCUGAGCACAGAUAGGGAUUUGAUUGUUGAAGUGCUGCGAUCAUUGCCUUUAGUCCAAGUUGAUGAGAAAGGUGAAAAAGUCAGGCCAAACCAAAAUCGCUGCAUUGUAAUUUUACGUGAGGUACCCGAAUCUACUCCAAUUGAUGAAGUUGAAGCGCUCUUCAAAGGUGAGAACCUGCCUAAUUUCAUCAACUGUGAGUUUGCCUAUAAUGAUAACUGGUUUAUUACAUUCGAGUCUGAAGCAGAUGCGCAACAGGCUUACAGAUACCUUAGAGAAGAAGUGAAAAUUUUCCAAGGAAAACCAAUUAAGGCAAGAAUAAAAGCAAAAGCAAUAGCUAUAAAUACAUUUUUGCCAAAGAAUGGAUACAGACCUCUGGAUAUGAAUAUCUACACACAACAGCAUUAUACAACAUCAUUGUACUUACCUCCACUAUACAGUCCCCAGCAGCAAUUUCCACUGUAUAGCUUGAUUGCACCACAGACUUGGUCUACAGCACACAGCUAUCUUGAUCCAUCACUGGUCACACCGUUUCCAAAUACUGGAUUUAUCAAUGGAUUUACAGCUCCUUCUUUCAAGCCAACUGCUUCUCCCCUGACUUCCCUCAGGCAGUAUUCUCCAAGAAACAGAAAUCCGAGCAAAUCACAUCUACGGCAUACAAUUUCUACUGCAGACAGAGGGACUGGAUUGCUAGAGUAUCCUACAAUAUUCAAUCUUUCUGCUGACCGAUUAAUCAACAGUGUUAGGAACCCACAAACCAGACAACCAGGACAGAACAGAACACAGAUGCAAAGUACUACAAGCUACAUGAAGCGAGAAGUAGGGAGCGGAAAAAACUCUUAUGGCUAUCGAAAAAAGAGAGAUGACAAGUUCACGAGAGGACAAACGCAGUCUCCACCAUCUCCAAAGCCACCAUCUCCAAACUUUGAGCUGGGGUUGUCCAGUUUUCCUCCCUUGCCUGGAGCUGCUGGGAAUCUAAAGACUGAAGACUUGUUUGAAAAACAGUUGUCAAAUGUGAUUGUUGCAACAUCAAAAGAAAAAAACACAAAAGAUCAUAGUGUGGGUGCGAGUACAAACACUGUACCAUCUGGAGUUCCUCGUGAGCCUUCUUUGCCAGUUUCUUCUACUCUACCAGGGACAUUUGAACAAUCUCCUUCCUCAUCUCAAUCUCCCUAUGAUCCCAAAGUUAUGGACAAACAGCAGAGAGAAACUCAAAAUAUUAAAAUACUUUCUUCUGUUCUUUCUACUGCUUGUAAAUCAGUACAAGUCAAUGGGGCUUUUGUAGCAGAGCAACGGAAACCUAGUUAUGCAGAAAUCUGCCAGAGGAUUAGUAAGGAUCCACCUCCAUUACAGUCCCCAAAAGAACAGAAGCCAAACACUGUUGGUUGUGGGAAAGUGGAAAAGAAGCCCACAGAAACACUAGAAAGAAGCAAAGAAUUGCCUCCUAUGAAGUCUAAAGACCAGCAGAGAUCAUCAGGACGCAGGUCACCUCCAGCCAUUGGGAAAUGUCUAACUAAAGAACAGAAUGCCCCUCCAAAAUCACCUCAAUGAAACUAAUACUUAGGAUGAAUUUCAAGAAAUUUUCACUAUGUUGCCACUCAGAAUACAAAGAAGGAGUUGCUGGUUAAAAGCUUGCAGGGGGUAUGAGGCAUAUGAAAUUCUUGCUAGGCAUUUUUCGUUGUUUGUUGUUUCUUUUUGUUUCUUUAUAAAAUAGAUUUUUCCUCUUUCUUGCAUCCCCACCAUCAAAUUCCCCUUGAGCAAACAGUCAACUCUGUCAGGGUUUAAUUAAUCUAAACCUUACAUUUGGUUGGUGCUGAACUUAAGAUGAUGCUUAAAAUCAUAUUUUCCCCCUUUAGGCAGAAGUUGCAUUUAUCUAAAAUCAAUUUUUUAUUAAACCUCUUUGAGGCUGUGUGAUUACAAGCACUGUCUAAUGAGUUUUUUCCUAAUUUACUAGGCAGCAAGUGUUUACUAGUGCUGCUAUAGUUUUUAAAAUAACUGGGCUAUAAGUACAAAUCUUCAAAAAAAAUCCUGAAGACUAAUAAUAGCAGCUAAUGCAUAGGAUGUAAAGCAGAACAGAUGUUUUAUAAAACAGUAAGAUAAGUUUAACUUUUUCCUUCUAAAAUCCAGCAGCUGUAGCACAUCAGUAAAGAGGCUAUACUUUUUAAAAGUUAAAAAAAUAAAACUGGUUCUAAUAUUUUAAAUUCCAACCAUUUUUGUUUUGGCCAAAGGAGAACUUCAUAAAGAUAAUCUGUGAGCGUUCU